AGAAAUUAAAUAUUCAGAGCCUGUAGCAGAUGUUAAUAAUGAGUUGAGUGUAAGAAUAAAUUUAUUUAAGAAAUCUUUCACAAAAAUAACCUCUUUUUGAUGAUCAUUUCGACGUUUCUUAUUUAGAAAUUACAAAUAAACAUUUUCGGAAAAUUCAAUUAUGUUUCAACUUCUAAGAUAUCGUAGUUUUUGCACAAGGAAAUAAAUUUUCGUAAUUCCUGAUAAUAUUUUUCUUUAAAACUUGAAAGAUUAUUAUUUUAUUUAUCAAAAUUUAGCCUGCAAAUCCGCGUGAUCCGCGCAAAACGCGCCGUCCGUAGCAAUCCUGUAAUAUUAAACUUAAAUUGUUACUGGUAACAUGCAACCUUUGAGUAUCAUCAGUUUGACCUGUUCCAUACAGUUCAGUCUCGACAAGUUUCACUUUCUUCAACUGCACUCUUAUUAGCUUGAACGACAUCAUUGUUCCGUUUUUCUCCCUCGUGCCACGUGAUUUUCCACUAGCUUUUUACGCGCCAUCCCGAUCAAAUUAUAAAACUAGCGCGAGCUCCCCAGAAUGACCCAUUCCCGCGCGAAUCUCGAUCGCAACCGGCGACGAUGCUAUCUCCGUGGCUAGCGGCGAUCCUCGCUUCCUUGGCGGCACUUCUCCUGUACGACUGGCGCGCCCGCCAAAGUGAGUCGUACCGAGCGGCUCUUCAAUACCCGGGAAAUACGAUGCUUCCGGUGGUCGGCAACCUGCUGGAGGUGCUGGUCAAAGAUCCCGCGCAGGCGUUCGCGUACGCCCGAUCGAGUGCGGCCAAGUUUGGCCGGUCCUACCGGCAGUGGAUCUUCAACGAUGUGAUUGUGAACGUUAUACGGGUUCGGGAAGCGGAGUUGAUUCUGUCCAGUGCGAAGCAUAUUAGGAAAAGUGUAAUUUAUAGGUUUUUGGGGCCGUUGAUGGGGGAUGGCUUGCUGUGCAGUAGGGGGGACAAGUGGCAGGGGCGGAGGAAGAUCCUGACGCCGGCGUUUCACUUUAACAUCUUGAACAAAUUUUUGCUGGUGUUUCAGGAAGAGGCGGAUAAGCUGGUUGGGGGUUUGGAAGAGUCGGCUGAGAGUGGGGAUGACGUGGUGCUGCAGUCGAUCGUGACUAGGUUUACGCUGAACACCAUUUGUGAAACGGCCAUGGGAGUUAAGCUGGAUACGUACAAAAGUGCCGACAUCUAUCGUUCGAAAGUGUACGAGGUGGGUGAGAUGUUGGUACACCGCACGAUGACCCCUUGGUUGUACGACGAUGGAGUGUACAACUUCUUCGGUUAUCUUAAACCUCUCGAGGAUGCUAUUGUUCCGAUUCAUGAGUUUACCAGGGAUAUCAUUCAGCAGAAGCGAAAGCAGUUCUUGCAGGACUCAACAUUCGUGGAUACACUUGACGAUCAUGGAGGAUCUAAACAGCGCUACGCCAUGUUGAACACUCUCCUCAUGGCGGAAGCGGACAACGCCAUUGACGAAGAAGGAAUUCAAGAAGAGGUCGAUACAUUUUUGUUCGAAGGUCACGACACUACGGCGGCCGGCAUCAUCUUCACGAUCAUGCUUCUGGCAAACGAACAGGACGCUCAACGACGUGUCUACGAAGAGCUCUCCAAGGCUCGUCGGUUGAAGCCCGAACACGAGGCUUUCACCAUUGCGGACUAUACGAAUCUUAAGUACUUGGAUCGGUUCGUAAAGGAAGCUCUCCGACUGUACCCACCGGUUUCGUUUAUAUCUCGAAGUCUCACCGGCCGUCUGGACGUCGAUUCCACCACCACCUUGCCACACGGAACCAUCGCCAACAUUCACAUCUUCGAUCUGCACCGUGACCCAGAGCAGUUUCCCGAUCCCGAGCGGUUCGAUCCGGACCGAUUCCUGCCGGAGGUGUCCACCAAGCGCAAUCCGUACGCGUACGUUCCGUUCAGCGCGGGCCCGCGCAACUGUAUCGGCCAGAAGUUCGCGCUGCUCGAGCUGAAGGUGGUCGUGUGCGCGCUGUUGUCGAGAUUCCGUAUUCUACCCGUGACGACGCGGGACGAGGUGGUGUUUGUGGCGGACCUCGUGCUUCGAGCCAAGACACCGAUCAAGGUUCGGUUUGCCAGACGGUAGCGUAUUACUUGGAGGGUUUUUAAAUAAAUAAAAUGAAGCCUUUCU